UCUGCAGUCAGUGUGAGCGGAGCAUCUGGAGGAGAGCUGGCCGGCUGGGGAGGUGGUGGAGGACGGGGAGAGCGAAGCAGAAGGAGGAUCCGGGAGUCAGCGAAAACAUAAAGGGGUCAGGUCUGGAACUUGGCGAAGCGGUCACUCAUUUGGAGAUGCCAUCCAACACAGUCACCUCCGCCCCUGUUUUCAAGAGCUCCGACUUCAACUGUGACACGAACGGAAAUCAAAUGAAUGAGAGCUCAAGAAUGGACACCAUGAUUAUUGACGAGAUGCCUUCACUCUGCGCUCCUGUCCGCAAGGUUGGACGGCCUGGCCGUAAGCGCAAGCACCUCCCCGUGGAGUGUUCACACGGGACAGUGAAUCAGCUGAUGGGCGGGGCUAAGCUGCACAAAGGGGCGGAGCUCCAGUCAUCUUUGCAGUCUCAGAAUGGAGAUGUUGAGAGGCAUGAGAACAAAUCGUGUGAAGGUCGCCACCCCACGUUGGACAAGAAUGCUGCGGAAAACGGGCUCCCACGCCAGUCGGGCUGUCGGGCUGAGUCCUCCUCUGAUUCAAGCCUGAGCCCAUCCCUGGAGAACGGAUUUGUCGCCAGCCAGGACUCGGAGAAGUACGAAGAGGAGACACUGCCAACUCUGCCUCGCAAGAAAAGAGGGAGACGGAAACUGGAGCGGCCCACUAAAUACGUGGAGCACAAGGAAGACGAGGGUGGGGACUCUGCAAAGAAUGAGGGAGCUCGCGGGAGGCUCCGUGGGGGUGUGGGCUGGGAAGUCAGCCUCCGUCAAAGACCCAUGCCCAGAGUAACCUUCCAGGCCGGUGACCCUUAUUACAUUAGCAAGAGGACCAGGGAGGAGUUGCUGGCAAAGUGGAAGUUCGAGUUCCCUACGUUGCAGGCAGAGAAGAAGGCGAAACUGGUGUCUGCGAUGAACUCAAUGGAGGACCAUGGCGAGGUAGAGACGGAGCCCCGAAAAGACAGCUCCAUAAUCACCGUCCCACUGCAUUUUGCUCCACCAAUGCCGCCAACGCAGCAGCAACCGAUACAGCCUCAAGCUCAACCUCAGACCAACAUCAAACCCCAGCCUUCUCCUCAGAAGCAACCUCCACCAUUCCAACAGCAGCAGCAGCAGCCUACAGAUCCAGCCUCUCCAACUGUUGCCACCACCCCAGAGCCCGUUUCUAUAGGGGAUGGAGACAAGACCUUAUCCAAGUCCGCUGACACAGAGUCCGAGUACGAGGAUGGCCGAGGUUUCGGCAUUGGUGAGCUUGUGUGGGGAAAGUUACGAGGUUUCUCCUGGUGGCCUGGACGGAUUGUAUCCUGGUUGAUGACUGGACGUAGCCGGGCGGCUGAAGGCACCAGAUGGGUCAUGUGGUUUGGUGACAGCAAGUUUUCUGUGGUCUGUGUUGAGAAACUGUUGCCUUUGAGUUCCUUCACCAACGCCUUUCACCAGCCAACCUACAAUAAACAACCAAUGUAUAAGAAAGCCAUUUUUGAGGUGCUACAGGCAGCCAGCACUAGAGCAGGCAAAACCUUCCUCGCAUGCCCGGAGAGUGACGAUACUGACACUUCUAAGUCAGUAGACAUGCAAAACAAACAGAUGAUUGAAUGGGCCAUGACGGGAUUUCAACCCACAGGACCUAAAGGUUUAGAGCCACCUGAAGAGGAGCGUAACCCCUACAAGGAAGUGUACCCAGAGAUGUGGGUGGAGCCAGAGGCGGCGGCCUAUACGCCCCCACCAGCAAAAAAGCCCCGCAAAAGCACAGCCACAGAGAAACCCAAGGUCAAAGACAUCAUCGACGAGCGAACUCGAGAGAGGCUUGUAUUUGAAGUUCGUCAAAAAUGUAAAAACAUUGAAGACAUCUGCAUGUCCUGUGGCAGCCUUAAUGUCUCCCUGGAGCACCCGCUCUUUAUUGGCGGAAUGUGCCAAAGCUGUAAGAACUGCUUCCUAGAAUGUGCGUAUCAAUACGAUGACGAUGGCUACCAGUCGUAUUGCACUAUCUGCUGUGGAGGGAGGGAAGUGCUCAUGUGCGGAAACAAUAACUGUUGCAGGUGUUUCUGUGUUGAAUGUGUGGAUCUGUUGGUGGGGCCCGGCGCGGCGCAGACAGCUAUUAAAGAAGACCCGUGGAAUUGCUAUAUGUGUGGGCCGAAGGCUCAGUAUGGGCUGUUGGAGCGCCGGGCAGAUUGGACUUGCAGACUGCAGCACUUCUUUGCCAACAAUCAUGACCAGGACUUUGAACCACCAAAGCUCUACCCUUCGGUUUUGGCAGAGAACAGAAAACCGAUUCGUGUCCUGUCACUUUUUGAUGGGAUCGCAACAGGGCUACUGGUUUUGAAGGAGCUGGGUAUCCAGGUGGAGCGUUACGUGGCCUCAGAAGUGUGCGAGGACUCCAUCACCGUGGGCCACGUUCGGCACCUGGGACGCAUCAUGUACGUGGGUGACGUGAGAAACGUCACCCAUAAACACAUCCAUGAAUGGGGUCCGUUUGAUCUUGUCAUAGGUGGAAGCCCAUGCAAUGACCUGUCCAUCGUGAAUCCAGCUAGAAAAGGUCUCUUUGAGGGCACGGGUCGGCUCUUCUUCGAGUUUUACCGGCUGUUACAUGAGGCCCGACCGAAAGAGGGAGACAACCGGCCGUUCUUCUGGCUCUUUGAGAAUGUGGUGGCCAUGGGCGUCAGCGACAAGAGGGACAUCUCACGCUUUUUAGAGUGCAACCCAGUGAUGAUCGAUGCUAAGGAGGUGUCUGCUGCCCACAGAGCUCGCUACUUUUGGGGCAACCUGCCUGGCAUGAACAGACCGUUGUCCGCCAUGUGCACUGAUAAACUGGACCUUCAAGGCUGUCUGGAGCAUGGCAGGACAGCUAAGUUUGAUAAAGUGCGGACCAUCACCACACGGUCUAAUUCCAUAAAGCAGGGCAAAGACCAGCACUUCCCUGUAUACAUGAAUGACAAAGAGGACAUCUUAUGGUGCACUGAGAUGGAGAGGGUGUUCGGCUUCCCUGUCCAUUACACAGACGUGUCAAACAUGAGUCGUCUGGCCAGGCAGAGGCUGCUGGGAAGGUCUUGGAGCGUCCCGGUCAUCCGUCACUUGUUUGCACCACUCAAAGAGUACUUUGCCUGCGUCUGAACUCAAACCCAGUACAGAUGAGAAAAAUCGAAACCGAUGUAAUACCAAGAGCUUCACAACCGAGCUCUCGUAUGUUAUUUGCAAGUUCGACAUAAAAAAAAACGAAAAAAAAGAAAGAAGGUAUUUCAUGUUUUGUUUUGGGUUUUUUCUUCUGGUUUGGAAUUAAUUGACUCUUUUUUUUAUUCUAUUUAAUUUUUUUAUUAUUAUCCAUUUUACUUUUUAGCAGUGUUAUCCAGUAUUUGAAUUGAUUUAUGUGUGCAAGCUAUACUUGAGGCACAGCCUCCUUUUAAGGCACUGAGAGACGGUUACAAUUCGAGGCAGAAACGAGGAAUCUGAUGAGACGGAAAUAGCAUUUAAUCAUUUCGACUCUUGAGUUUUUCGACUAUCGACUAAUUCUCACGGUGCGCGUCUUUCCACUCCUCCAGCGUCUGAGCCUUGGUGAGAGCGGGAAAAAGACUUCCUUUCAGUGUCAGGGGAGCUUUGUCUUAACCAAUCCAAAACACCAGAUCACGAAUACCUCUUUGUUUACAGUUUCUAUAUACACAACUGAAGGUAAUAAAGGUACUACUGUAAUAGGUGACAAUAUGGUGCUUCAAGGUGGUGAAAAACAUUGCAACUCAUGUGGUGCUACUAUUUAAACAAGAUCAUGGGGUCGUGUUUUGUAGUGUCGCCAGGUUAAACGAAUGACUGAAACUUAACAAACAGAUCAAGCCAGGUCUGCCACAUCUCAUUUUUAUAUCUUUUACAGCCAUUUUGUACAAUAUUCUCUGGUGCUCUUUUCAGAAACAAUCAAACAAACAAACAAAAAAAACAAAAACACCUCAGCCUUUCAAUCUUUGAGGUCUGCUUCCUUCAGUAUGCAUGGAAACAGCCACAUGGGCGGUGAUGUUUUUGUCAUCUAUACCUUGAAAUCAAAGGCUGCGGUGAGCUACUUUUUUUCUAGUGUCACCCAGACCAGAAUCAUUACUGUACAACUCUUGGCGUGCGUGGCGGCCACAGGGAGGAUGGUGUCGGUCCUUUGUCGGCCAGGUGAACCUUCGACCUUCAACUGCGGUGCCCGCACGCUAUUCUCAGUCAGGUGCAUAUCUUUAAAGGUGCGGCUUCACAAUGUUCUUCUACCUUUUUAUAGCAAUUUUUUGUGCUGUUACCAACAAUAUCGAGCACUUUUGUAUAUGUAUACUUCUUUAUUUCUUUGAUAUUUUUUUUUAAUCUUUCUCCUUGAUUCUUGUGAAAUGUCCUUUUUUUUUGGUUCUGUUAAAUGAUGUGAAACUCUUGCCGUUAUAUAAGGUAAUACUUUGUUGUGUACAGUAGGGCUGUGCCAAUAGAUGUGAACGAAUGAGCUAGGAUAGAAUAAAUGCAUCUGUCGUGCCGAAUUCGAUUAGCACCCCUCUCGUGUUUUCACGUGCUACGGAGUCGCUUUAUCAUAACUCGCGUCGAGAAAGUGUCUGCUCACAGUUCUUAUUGCUAUAUAAUCCCAAAGUGAGUGUGUUUGUUAAAUAUCCCUGUAGGAAAAGUAGUCGGAUGGGGUGUCUGCGUAUGACAUCGCACGGUCGUUAACUACGUCUGGUCCCUAGCGUAGAUCUGAAAACAUUAUUAUGUUUGCAAAUGGUGAAUGUUGACCAUGUCAAUAAUUUAGUUAUCACACAAGCUAUAUAGGCUAAAUUUGUUUAGAAACUGGCUCUAAUGAAAUCCUUGUUAGGCUCUUUUUUCAUUUAAGGCAUUGCACUGCUUACAUACCUUAACAUUUGUCAUGUUCAGCAAAGUUUCUUCUUUUAUUUUCCAAAUUUUAUCGAUGCCCAGAUUUUUUUUCUUUUUGUACAUUUUGUACAUAUAAAUUGUCUGUUGCUUUUUUUUUUUAAAGAACUAUGAGAUGUACAAAUAUAAUUAUUUGCUAAUAUAUAUCAUAGAAUCAAAACGGCACUAAAAUUGCAAGAGGGGGGUAAUUGACAAAAUGGCAACAGGCUAAUUGACAUAAGCUAUAAAGCAACAGGGUGUAUUUUGUAAUUCAUAUUUAUAUGUGUCGAACGGGGGAUAAAAUUAAAGAAUGAGUUCGCUAAGUGAUUUUAACUGUCCCAUCUUUACUGCACAGCCCUACAUACAAAAGUGUGUCUCAAUUAGCUUUUUAAUAUUUUCUUUUUAAGUACUAAGAGAGGGAUUGUAGGUGUUUCCUAAGGUGCUAAACAUUUUAUCUAAUUGAGAAAAAUAUAUUAUUUGGAAAAGAAUUGAACUUGUCUUGAUAAUGAUUGUUUUUCUCCGUUUGUUUCUUGUAGUAUUGGAGAAGCACUAUUAUUUUACUCUCUCAUAUAAAGAUAUUAACAAAGGCAUUUUAACUUUGUACUUGAAAAAAUGAUAAAUGAUGAAAGAUUCUUAUAUUGUUUUAGAAUAGACAUUGCUGUAGUUGGUGCUUAUCUGUGGGAAAUCAUGUACUCAUAAUGGGAAAUAAAAAAAAAAUUGUAAUAAAUUUUGCUGUUAACAUGUACUUGCUUAAUAUCCAGGCAGAAUUGCUUCUAAGUCCUACAUUCCAUGCCAUAUAUCCAGCCCUCCAUCCUUCUUUUGUUUCAAAGUUUUUUGUUUUGUUUCAUUUUCAAUUUUUAUUUCUUCUCUGUUUUGUUCAAUUUAAUUUGCUUAAAUGGCUGUAACAGCCUCUUGUUUGCUCUCCUAACAGGUUUUCUGUAUAUCUCAGUGACACUGUUGAUAUUUGUGACCUCUGUUGUAUCAUAUAAACUUUUUUCAGACCUUCUCUUCUUUUGCAAUCAGCUCAUACAGCAAAUGUAGCAAUCAUUCGCCACCUAUCCCUCUUUCUUUCGUUAUGUGCCCAGAACGAAGAAAAAAAGGCUCCUUAUGUACUUGUGCUGGAGAACACUUGAAUAAAUGUAUUGUUUUUUGUGAAAAA